AUGGAACAUCUCUAUGAGGCCCACGGCUUCAAAACCACGGUCCUGCACAGACAGUAUGGAUACUUCAAACACAGGCCUGGUGAGACCUUGAUUGGGACACGAGUCAAACUCAUGACGCUCAAGCCAGGUGAUUUCGCGUCAAAAUCGAAUCAUGAGCAGGGUGGUUGGGACUCGCUCGAUACACCAGACGAUAUCUCGACUGAGAAGUAUCUGAAAUAUCACCUCGAGGAAAAGCUGCGUUCGUCGCCCGCGGGUGAUUCUCUACAGAUCUGCUUCCUAAUCUUGGACUUCGGAAAAACCCAGCACCAGCUCUCCUUCUGGCACGGUGCCAUAGAAACGUUCCUGCUCUGUCAAAGAGAUCUAUAUCUAGCACCUGCCAGGGUUAUUAUUCAAUGUAUAGAGUCAGCUUGGGACUUGAACAGCACCAAGUCCCCUGUGCCUCCACAGCUAACCAGCGAUCAACUACCAUCAAAGGAGUCACCCAAAAGCAUCGGCAUUCUUUCUAACGAUACCGAGAAGACAUACAGUCUACAUUGGCAAAAGGAGCUCUUGGAUUAUAGAAACGAUCUAUAUGUAUACGUGUGGCAACCCCAUCUGGAACGGACACCGAGUGCCAGAUACAACUCAGCAACAUCGACUGCCAAAUACAACUCAGCAACAGUCGUCAUACCGCCCCUAAGCCUAAUCGGCGCAUCGUCUGCACAUCGACUUCUCGUAAUCGCUGACCCGCCCUGUCUCAUGUCACGAUUCCUGAGGACUGAGACCGCGUUCGUUAGAAGCACUCAAACACAACAUACUUGGAACGCAACUCACGAGAAGCUUCGAAUCCUUGCUAUACUCCUCAAAUGGGUGGUUGAGGACUCUUCUAACCUUGUUGAUGACAUGACUUCCAAGGCAAGGGAGAUGACUUAUAGAGGCCGACGCAUGCCUACCAGGAGUAAGAUACAAUAUCUCAUUCAUCUGGACGAUUGCCGCCGCCUCGCAAUAUCGGACUUGAAGCACGGCAAGACUGUCGUCGACGAAGCUCAAACGACUAUGGAGAUGGUUGACUUCUGCUGCAAGAAGAAAGGCGGGCUAGACGAGGCCAUGGCAAUCAAGGCCUUCUCGAGCUUCCACGAAGACUUCGAUUUUCUGAUCAUGAAGUUUGAGGCAUUGAAGACGACCCUAGCAACCGCAAGAGAGCAAAUCAACGAACAGAUCAGCCUCUCUCAGGACGAAAGAGCCCUGAUUCUCACCAUUGCCGCCGCUUUCUUCAUACCACUGUCUUUUAUCGCGGUAAGUUCAACAGACUCUUGUUGA